UCACUGCACUCCAGCCUGGGCGACAGAGCCAGACUCCGUCUUAAGAAAAAGAAAGAAAGAAAAACAAUUUUAAACGUAAAUAGAAUGACUGUAAAUCUAACAGCCAUGACAGACCAUGUAAAGAUUUUGGGAAUGAAGAUAUGCAUGAUUGGAGAAAUAAGAUAAACACAUUAUACCUCUUGAAAUAAUGGACAGAAUCAGUAGUUCCUAGUAGGGAGCUGACUACCCCAUCUUCUUCUCCACACAGGCCUGGGGGGCUGGUCUGGAGUUUCCAGUAGUUGCUUCUGAGGCUCCCUCCUCUAGCUAGAAAGCCUUGGGAGGAUGUUCAUGGACCAGCAAGUAAGUGAGUGGACAUUGACUUCAUUGGCCAGAUGACAGGAAUGAAGCUUGUCCACAAGUAGAGAGAAAAUUAUCACAACCAGAUCACUCUCUGAUAUCAACUUGGUCAUAUCUGUGUUAGAAACAUGUGAUCUGAUGUGUUGUACAUCCCAAAUAAUAAUAAUAACAGCUAAUGUAUAUUGAGCACUAUGUGCUACACUCUGCUUUAAGAGUUUUACACAUAAUGACUCAUUAAAUCCUCACAACAACCACAUGAGGAGAUCUAUAGUUCUUACUCCCAUUUUACAGGCAGAGGAAACUGAAUUGAAGAGAGGUUCAGCAACAUCCUCCAAAUUCUGGUGGAGCCAGGAUUUGAACUUAGGCAAUUUGGUUACUGAGCCUGAGUUCUUAGCCACUGUAUUAUAACACUGCUUCGUAAUGAAUCCAGUUUCAUUUCCUCUACUUAAGGAAACUGCAGAAAGCACAACUCAGUGCCUGGAAUUCCGUUCCCUGUUAUAUUUUUAUGCAUUUAGGAAUUGAUCCUCUCAUUACCACUCUGAGAGAAGCAGUACAGGUGUUCGGGCCCCCAGCACCCAGCCACGGAGCCUGAACACAGUCAUACUCAAUACAUGUUUAUUGCAUGAUAAAUGAAGCCCAGUUUUACUGAGGAAGAAACAGAAACUCAAAGAGGAGGAGCUGAUGCUGAACCAAGGCCUUCUGACUCCAAGUCCAGUGUUCUUGCUGCCUGAACUUCAGCUGUGAUGUGUACAUGCAGCCUUACCAUCCAAUGGGAAGAAGAAAAUACCAGAAUUAAGUCACUCUAGGAAAGCCAGCUGCCAUGACAUAAGGAUACUCAGGCCACCAAUGGACAGCCCAGGCAGAGGCAUGAAGGUGUGCCAGCCAUUGUGUCAGUCACCUUAUAAGCAGAUUUUCUGAGACCUGCUAACGGCCAUGUGAGUGACCUUGGUUGUGGGUUGUCACCAGUCAAGCCUUGAGAUGACUGCAGCCAUGACCCACAGCUUGACUACAACCCAUGGGAGACACUGAGCUAGGAAAACCCAGCUGAAAUGCCUCCAGACCCCUGACCCACAGCGACUGUGAGAUAAUCAGUGUUUGUUGCCUUGAUCCACGAAGUUGGUGAUAAUUUGUUUCUCGACAACAGAUAACUAAUACAGACCCGGAAGCGGAUCGCCUCAGUGAAGGUCACAUUGCAGCGCUAUUGAUUUCUAAAGACUCAUGUUACGUGAUGAAGCAGCUCAGAAGAGGAAAGAAAAGGAGCUAGGCAUGGCUCUUCCUCAGGGACACUUGACUUUUAGGGAUGUGGCUAUAGAAUUCUCUUUGGAGGAGUGGAAAUGCCUGGACCCUGCGCAGAGGGCUUUAUACAGGGCCGUGAUGUUGGAGAACUAUAGGAACCUGCAUUCUGUGGAUAUCUCUUCCAAAUGCAUGAUGAAGAAGUUCUCGUCAACAGGGCAGGGCAAUACAGAAGUGUUCCACAUGGGGACAUUGGAAAGACAUGAAAGUCAUCACAUUGGAGAUUUUUGCUUCCAGGAAAUUGGGAAAGAUAUUCAUGACUUUGAGUUUCAGUGGCAAGAAGAUGAAAGAAAUAGCACAGACAGAUGUGAUCGAAGGCAUGCUGGAAACAAGCCUAUUAAAGAUCAGCUUGGAUUAAGCUUUCGUUCACAUCCUCCUGAACUCCACACAUUUCAGACCAAAGGGAAAGUUGGUAAUCAAGUUGAGAAGUCUAUCAACGAUACUUCCUCGGUUCCAACGUCCCAAAGAAUUUCUUCUAGGCCCAAAAUCCAUAUUUCUAAUAACUAUGAAAAUAAUUUCCUCCAUUCGUCAGUACUCACACAAAAACAGGGAGUACACAUGAGAGAAAAAUGUUUCCAAUAUAAUGAGAGUGUCAAAGCCUUUAAUUGUAGCUCACUCGUAAGGAAACAGCAGAUAAUCCAUUUAGGAGGGAAACAAUAUAAAUGUGAUGUAUGUGGCAAGGUCUUUAAUCAGAAGUGAUACCUUGCAUGCCAUCAUAGAUGUCACACUGGCAAAAAACCUUACAAUGGCAAGGUUUUUAAUCAACAGUCAAAUCUUGCAAGUCAUCAUAGACUUCAUACUGGAGAGAAACCUUACAAAUGUGAAGAAUGUGACAAAAUUUUUAGUCACAAAUCAAAUCCUAAAAGACAUAGGAGAAUUCAUACUGGAGAGAAACCAUACAAAUGUAGGAUUUGUGACAAGGCUUUCAGGCGUGAUUCACACCUGGUACAACAUACUAGAAUUCACACUGGAGAGAAACCUUACAAGUGUAAUGAAUGUGGCAAAGCCUUUAGUGGGCAGUCAACACUUAUUCACCAUCAAGCAAUCCAUGGUGUAGGGAAACUUUAUAAAUGUAACGACUGUCACAAAGUCUUCAGUAAUGCUACAACCAUUGCAAAUCAUUGGAGAAUCCAUAAUGAAGAGAGAUCUUACAAGUGUAAUAAAUGUGGCAGAUUUUUUAGACGUUGUUCAUAUCUUGCAGUUCAUUAGUGAACUCAUACGGGAGAGAAAACUUACAAGUGUCAUGAGUGUGGCAAGACCUUCACUCAGACGUCAUCCCUUGUAUGCCAUCGUAGACUUCAUAUUGGAGAGAAACCUUAGAAGUGUAAUGAGUGUGGUAAGACCUUCUGUCACAAUUCAGCCCUUGUAAUUCAUAAGGCAAUUCAUACCAGAGAGAAACCUUACAAGUGUAAUGAAUGUGGCAAGGUUUUUAAUCAACAGGCAACCCUUGCACAUCAUUAUAGACUUCAUACUGGAGAGAAACCUUAUAAAUGUGAAGAAUGUGACAAAGUUUUCGGUCGCAAAUCACACCUUGAAACACAUAAGAGAAUUCAUACUGGAGAGAAACCUUACAAGUGUAAUGAGUGUGGCAAAGCCUUUAGUGGGCAGUCAACACCAUCAAGCAAUCCGUGGUAUAGGGAAACUUUACAAAUGUAAUGAUUGUCACAAAGUCUUCAGUAACACUACAACCAUUGCAAAUAAUUGUAAAAUUCAUCAUGAAGAGAGAUCUUACAAGUGUAAUAAAUGUGGCAGAUUUGUCAGACAUCAUUCAAAUCUUGCAGUUCAUCAGCAAACUUAUACUGGAGAGAAACCUUACCAGUGUAAUGAGCGUGGCAAGACCUUCAGUCAGACGUCAUCCCUUGUAUGCCAUCGUAGACUUCAUACUGGAGAGAAACCUUACAAAUGUGAAGAAUGUGACAAAGUUUUCAGUCACAAAUCACACCUGGAAACACAUAAGAGGAUUCAUACUGGAGAGAAACCUUACAAAUGUGAACAAUGUGACAAAGUUUUCAGUCGCAAAUCAAACCUUGAAAAACAUAGGAGAAUUCGUUUUGGAGACAAACCAUACAAAUGUAAGGUUUGUGACAAGGCUUUCAGGCGUGCUUCACACCUGGCACGGCAUACUAGAAUUCACAUUGGAGAGAAACCUUACAAGUGUAAUGAGUGUGGCAAAGCCUUUAGUGGGCAGUCAACACUUAUUCACCAUCAAGCAAUCCCUGGUAUAGGGAAACUUUACUAAUGUAAUGAUUGUCACAAAGUCUUCAGUAACACUACAACCAUUGCAAAUCACUGGAGAAUCCAUAAUGGAGAGAGAUCUUACAAGUGUAAUAAAUGUGGCAGAUUUUUCAGACAUCGUUCAAACCUUGCAGUUCAUCAGCGAACUCAUACUGGAGAGAAACCUUACAAAUGUGAUGAUUGUGGCGAGGUCUUCAGUCAAGCUUCAUCUUAUGCUAAACAUAGGAGAAUUCAUACAGGAGAGAAACCUCACAGGUGUGAUGAUUGUGGCAAAGCCUUUACUUCACAUUCACACCUCAUUAGACAUCAGAGAAUCCAUAUUGGACAGAAAUCUUACAAAUGUCAUAAGCAUAGCAAGGUCUUCAGUCAGAAGUCACUCCUUGCGGAACAGCAGAAAAUUCAUUUUUGAGAUACUUAUUCCAAAUGCAAUGAGUAUAGCAAACCAUCAAGCAUUAAUUGACAUUAGAGUCAAUUCAGCAUUGACUUGAGUUUGAGUUGACUUGACAUUGAGUUCAAGCAUUAAUUGACAUUAAAGUGUUUAUGUUAAGAGGAUUGGGCUGGGCAGGGUGGCUCAUGCCUGUAAUCCCAGCACUUUGGGAGGUCAAGACGGAUAGAUCACUUGAGAUCAGGAGUUUGAGACCAGCCUGGCCAACAGACGUGAGCCACUUUUCCCAGCCUGUUUUUUGUUUCUUUAUCAAAAAUGGAUAGGGAUUUUUAUGGGUAUUGUGUUGAAUCUAAA